AUGAAGCUCUUCAUUGGUCUCGCCUUUGUGGUGGCGGCGCGUUCCUUGCUGAAUCUGGCGUGGUCCCUUGGGGUUGUGGGAUUUCCAGAUGUCAGGUCAGCGCAGGUGGCUAGUAAGAGCUGUACAGAAACGAAUAUUGCUGUUUUGUAG